AUGCCAGGUUAUAGUGCCAACGCGCAGGCUGCGCUUAUUAAAGCCGUAAGAUGUCUCCCCUUGGAAACGCCUUCACCGUCUUCUAGCUCCCCGCUCACCAAAAGUUUCCCUCAGAUCAAGCGAGUGUUCGAGCCGAAACGAAUGGUUGAAUCCUACGAAGACCUUGUCGAUGGUGUCACACUUGGUUUAAUUCUACACCAGCUGGAUCCUAGUUUUGACACGUCCGCACUCGAAACGAAUUCUAACACCUCGCGAUACAAUAAGCGUAAUAUCCAGAAUGUCUACAAGGGUCUUUUCCGCCAUAUUCGACGUUCUGUCCCUGAACUUGCUUGCCAGGCCAAGAAGUUCAAUUAUCAUGCCAUCGCUGAGAAUCCUGAUGCUCAGGGCAUAAGUCAGAUUCUGGCUGUUAUGCUAGCUGUGGUUCUUCUAGGUCCCGAAGCCCAUCACUAUAUUCCUCGAAUCACCGGUCUCGACAAACAAACGCAAGCAGAGAUCAUGCAGAUCAUACAAUCCAUACAGCAAGACAUCAAUGACUCGCAUGGAGAUGAGGAUGUUGACGAGGCUGUUGACGCUGUCAUGGAAGCACGGGAUAUCGACCUCAUUGUUGAGGAGCAGAAUGCACUAUUACGCGCAAGACUCGAAUCGGCCAAUAUAAAGCUCUCAGACUACAUCACUAGGCUUGACCAUCUCCAAACAAGUUAUGAAGAACUCCGAUCUGAUAAGGAGAAAAACGAUCGAGAGCUCGAGGUCUUGCGAAAGGCCACUGCAGAUGGUGUUAACCAUACCGAAAUCAUCAAAAAUCUAGAGAUAGAGGUGCAAGAUCAGAUGGAGAUCAUCACUCAAAAAGAGGAAGCGAUACGUAGUCAUGAAAGGGCCAAGUCACAACUCGAGGCAGAGGUUACAAAACUGACAGAGAAGUGUAAAGAGGCAGAAGAGCUUCGUGACCAGGUAUCAGAGUGGAAGCACAAAGCCGAAGACUUUGAGAAGAAGGCCAACACUGCAGACCGGUACAAGCAAAAACUCGAAACCCAGCAGCAUCUCGUCAAAGAAGUGCAAAACCUUCAAUACGAGAAGACCGAACUCCAAGACCAGAUCAGAAUCUUGUUGGAAGAUCAGGACAGAGGCGCUCGUACCAGGAAGGCAGAGGAUGAGUUAACCAAAAUGAUUACUCAGUCCGAACAGCAUUUGUGGGACGAACGCAGCCAGAAGAACCAGCUGAUGAAGGAUAUUGCGGCACUUGAGGACGAAGUGAUUCGCUUGAGAGCACGACAAAACCAUGAUGAGAACUUCAUCAAAGAUCUCCAGGAGCAGCUCGAGAGUGGUGCAGGUUCUCAAAGCGCAGCACCCGGUGCGCUGGAUAUGGCAUCUAGUCUUGAAGAUGAACUUAAUGACGCAGCUAAUGAGGAUGCCCAGCCUGGCCAAGUGAACCUUCCUUUGGAACUCUCCCGGCUAAAGGCUGAGAACGACUUGCUGCGUAGCACUGUCGGCUCUGGAGAUACCGCUCCUCUCCGCCGGGAGCUUGACGAAGAGAAGCGGCAGCGUGCCCAUGUUCAGAAGAACCAUAAUGAUAUUUUCGAAAAACACGCCGUUCUACAUGAUCAGAUGGAAGCCCUUAUUAACAACAUGACCGGUGAAGGGUUAGUCAAAGCCAUCAAUGAUGCUUGUUCACCUGAAGGAACACACAUACUUACUGCCGACUUCUACAGGACCAAAGCAUUUAUUAACAUCAAGCAAACACUCAUGCAGUGUGAAUUCGAGUUAGAACAAUCCAGGAAGCGAGAGAAGGAUCUUUCUGCUCAAGUAGCUGAUCAAGGCCGCGAACUCCUCGCUGCUAAAGCGCAGCUUUCCGCGCUCGACAAAGAAGGCGCCGAUGCCCUAAAGGAAAUCAAGAGCUGCGAUGUGGUUAUCAUCUCAUCUCUCAAAUCUGAGCUAGACCACGCUAGGGAGCAGCUCAGUUAUUGCAUCUCAGAGCGAGACGCACAGCAAACUCAACUUGUCGAAGCACUUCUUACCAAGGAUAAAUUGCGCAAGGAGGUUGAAGAGGGUAGAGAGCUCCAAGAUAUCACUGGCGGUGGCGAAGGCGAUGCGUCCGACGGUAGCAAGAAGGGCGAGCUGAUCGAGAAGCUACGAAACCGUCUCAGAGAAAUCCGCGAGGUGAGUGUCUUCUAUCGUACAAUCAUGUUUGGUGAUGAGGAUGACCAAGUGGUCGUCCUGGUCGAUGAUAAAUUGUCAGUGGGAGACGAAGAUGAUCGGCAGUUGUUCGCGGAUCUCGCUGGCGAGAACACAAACGCAGCCACAGACUCGCCUCUCCACCCCGAAGAUAUAGUUUUCCCCCCAUCUGCUCACCUCCCUCGACGUCCCCUCAAGCGGGGGGAGUCUCCCUGUUCGCCUAUGGGAGAAUGUUGGCUGACAAGAUGGAUUUAG